CCAAAAAAAUAAUUAGAGAAUCAAGACAAUAACUUGAUCAUGUUAGUACUUUUAUAAGUGGUAAAUACAGCAAAUCAUAAAGGACAUAAUGCAGCAGUAGUAGUUAACACCUAGGCAUAUACAUUCAAUUCUUGCUUCAAUAAAACAAGCCAAACUGGUAUUCAAACCUGCUGAUCAUUCAUUGAAGUAAGAUAUAGACAUAUCAAUAGAGAAGUUCAAAAAUUACAUCAUCUUCCAAAUACAUCCAUCUACCUAGCUACUACAUCUCUUCAUUUGCACCUUUCAUGAUGCAUUGCUAGCUUAGAAGAUAGUGAAAAGGAUGGGGAAAACAGGUAGGUGGAUAAAGAGCUUCUUGACAGGGAAAAAGGAUAAAGAGAAAGACAAGUUUGAAGCAGAGAAGAACACAAAUAAUCAUCACCAAAACUCUACUACUAGCAAUGAGCAACCAACAACACCAAUUUCAGUCCCUUCAACAACUCCUAAAGAGAAGAAGAGGUGGAGUUUCAGGAGGUCAUCAGCCACCCCACCAGGUCAUAGUGGCCCUGACAUCGUCGCCACCACCCCACCACCAGCAAAACACGAAUUUCUUGAUUUGGAAAAUGACCAUAAGAAGCAUGCCUUGGCUGUGGCUGCUGCAACGGCCGCAGCUGCUGAUGCAGCAGCGGCCGCUGCCAAGGCAGCAGUAGCAGCAAUCCAAGUCGCUGCUGCUGCUAGAGCCUCUGCACUUGAAGAGGCUUCAGCUCUCAAGAUUCAAGCAGUUUUCCGCGGUUAUUUGGCAAGAAAAGCCUUGAAUGCACUAAAAGGACUAGUGAAGUUGCAGGCCUUAGUGAGAGGACAUUUAGUAAGAAAACAAGCUGCUGCUACUCUUAGAUGUAUGCAAGCAUUGGUAACUGUUCAAGCUCGAGCUCGAGCCCAAAGAAUAAGAAUGGCUGAAGAUGAAAAUCCCAACCAUCCAAGGCAAUCUGUUCACAGAAAAUCUACACAGGACAACAGAUUUAUGCACUCAUAUCAAGAAUAUGAAGAGGACAUCAAGAUUGUCGAAAUGGAUCUAGGUGAAUCAAAGGGUGGCACAAAGAGUAGAAUUAGCUACUCAAACCAAGGCCAAACAGAGAGAACAGAACAAAGAUUUUCACCACACAAGGGAUACUCAAAUCAAGAAUAUCAACACAUUUCUCCAGCACCAUCAGCUAUAACAGAUCAAAGCCCAAGAGCCUGUAGUGGCCACUUUGAAGACUACUCAUAUGGGACAGCGCAAAGCAGCCCUCAAUACUACAGUGCAAUGUCAAAACCCGAUCCAUCAAGAAUCCCAUUCUUGUAUGCUCGUUCAGAGUAUGCAGAACAAGAAUCCCUUUACAAUGAGUAUCCUCAAUUUUAUCCGAGUUACAUGGCGAAUACUAAGUCAUCGAUGGCUAAAGCUCGAUCCCAUAGUGCCCCAAAACAACGUCCUGAAUCAUUCGAGAGGCAACCAAGUGCCAGGCGAAGGCCAUCAAUAGAAGGGCGAAAUGUGCCAAGGGCUGUGAGAAUGCAGAGAUCAUCUUCACAUGUUGGAUCCACAGCUCAAAAUUAUCAGUACCCUUGGUCCAUCAAGCUUGAUAAAUCAAAUAUUUCAAUCAAAGAUAGUGAAUGUGGAUCAAAUUACAGUGUCCUUACUACUCAAACUAAUUACUGCAGAUCACUUGUUGGUUUCGAUGUUCCGGAACAUAGGUACUAACUGCAUAUUACAGAAUGGAAGAGCAGAGCAGAUACUUAGCAAGAAAAAGAAAAAUUGGAGAAAGUAACUAACAAAGGGAGCUCUAAGUGAAAAAACAUGUCAAGUAAUUUUGACAAAUUUUCUAUUUCUAGUACUGAAGCUCUUUAAAUGUAGAGUUCAAUUUGUUUGUUUAAUAUCUACUUCCUUUUUCUUUCUUUCUUUUGUUGACAUUUUUCUGUUGUUUUGCAUCUAUGUGUUUGAUGGUGUUUUUAGCUUGUUUCCCUACUAAAAUUUAGAUUUCAGCUGAGGAAGAAUUGUAAGGUAACUGCAACGAUAAGUUGUUCAUACUCAUUUACUU